CUACUGGCCUGCUCUAGCGCAAGAGACCUCCUGCAAAACGCAGGGAGCGAAAAAUCUGAAACUCAAAUUUGCUGCUGACAUUUCUUACAUCUAGAGAACUGGUUCAGAGACGAGAUAACAUCAUGGAGUCAUCAACUGAUACCCGAGUUCCUCCACCCUCAUGGAUAAAUCACGAUUUCAUACAAUCUGCCUUGAAGAAUGCAGAACGAAAGAAAAUUACCAUCGAUUCGAUGAAUGUCCAGUACGCAAAUGCUGAAGGACUGGGCUAUUCAAGUUUGAUGUUCAGACUAACUGUCUUUCUGCGAUAUGAAGACAAUGAAGAGACACAGAAGAAAACCCUAAUAGUGAAAACACUUCUUGAAUCUGGUGGAUUGAAGGAUCUAGUAGAAAAAUUAGAUAUAUUCAAGACCGAGGCAGAGAUGUUGCAUGAUAUAAUACCACAGGUCCAUGAGAAAUUGUCAGCGCUGGAGAAAGAGGAGUUCCGGCCGCUGGCAGCCAGGUGCUACCAAUGGGGUCGGCAGCCCGUGACUUUUCUCGUGUUGGAGGACCUGUCAGCGGCUGGCUUCAAACUGGCUCAGGCUGGCCAACCGCUAAACCUCAAACACUGUGCGGUCGUGCUGCGAGCAUACGCCAGGCUGCAUGCUGCUUCAGUCUAUGUGCUCAACAAACAGCCCCAUUACAAGGACAAAUAUAGUUUAAACCCGUUCACGGAUGAAAGUACUUUGCAGUAUCAGGCAUCUCUAGCCACAAAGUAUAUAAAUGGGUUAGCAAAUGAGCUUGAAAAAUGUCCUGGCUACGAACAAUAUUCAGAAAGAUACAGGACAUUUGCCAACCGCUACAUGGAUGUUACAUAUGAAAGGAUGGAGCAGAUCAAGAAGCAAACAAAGCUUCCAGUUCUGACCCACGGUGACUGCUGGAAGAACAACAUGAUGUUUAAGUACACGAAUGAAGAAGUUUCAGAAGUACGGUUGGUUGACUUUCAGCUUUCAUCAGUAACCAGCCCGGCCUCGGAUCUGCUGUCCUUCCUGUACUCGAGCGCCAGCGAAGACGUCCACCGGCACCACAUGGAGGACCUGCUGCGCGAGUACCACAGCACGCUGGUGGGCCUGCUGCAGGGUCUGGGACUGGAACAGCAGGCGGAGGCCUUCACCUUCGAGGAGCUGAAGAAGGAAAUGGACCACUGCUUAGUAAUCGCCGUUUUCUUGAGUUCCUUGAGUGGAAUGGCCCUAACUUCCGAGAAACACGGUGCAGAGUAUGCAAAAGCAUUUAACGAUCCUGAGAACUUAAAUGACGCUGUCCAUAAGUCAUUUAGAAAUCCGUAUACAUUGUCCUACUUGAAAUACCUUGCGCCACUUUUCGUUAACAAAGGCAUUUUAUGAUCAUAUUGAAAACUCUUGGUCUCUUUUUAAAAGCAUAGGAUCUAGUCGUCGACAUCUCUGAAAGAGAUGCCAUAAGAAAUAAUCGUCGAAUCGUCGUCACUUACAAAAGGCAACUUCACUAGCGACCAACACAAUUCGCUAACAUAUUUGAAUAACGUAAUUACAGUACGUCACCGCUAGUAAACUUCGCUAAGAUGUCUGUGUAUCCGAUUUACAUUCUCUCGAAGUCUAUAUGUGACAGAGCGUUUCCUAUAGUUCAUACUUAACAAGUGACUGCCAAUUUUCGUAGGAUAAAGUGAAACUAGUGUAUAUCUGCACUGCUUCACGACGACCUUGAUCUUUUCUACUUACAAUAAAACUAAAACAAAUAAAAGAUGAUUAAUAGAAAUAAUUUCUAUGGAUUGUAUUUACAGCAUGUAUCUUCACUGCUUCCAGAUGAGAUUCAUCUUUUCUACUUACAACACAAUUAACACUAAUGAACGUGUACUAAUAGAAAUAUUUAGUGCGGAUUGUACUUACAGAAAUGUAACGAAUGCUUGAUCCUUUUGUUAUCCCAUUUUUAA